AUGGCUGGAAUUAGAAAGGUUUGCCGGCCCACCAAACACGAAGACUUUCGACAGGGUGACACUACCGAGAUCGAAUCUCUUGAGGAACACAACUUCCCCAGUCUCCAACCUGAGACGACCCUGGUGGGUAGCAUCCCGCAAGAUGCCACCGAAGACUGGAUACAGAGAGAGGAUGUCGGGAGAAAGCAGAAGAUUGGAGAAGAAUCUGCAACCUCGGACAAUCGUUUCAUGAUCGCCUUCCAGUGUAUCUCCGAGUCGAUCCAGAGCUCGCUGAGCACUCUUGCAGAUAAGACUGAAACCAUUUGCAGUGACCUGGACGAUAUUGUUCAACGAUUGGUAGCCGUGGAGGCAGCAAUAGAUACCUUAGCUACAGAGACUCAGAGCACCACAGAGGAGGAUAAUUGA